AUGUGGGGCUAUCUAUCCCUGCUGCCUGUAUUCCUGACCCUCUGGGCUGUUGCCGGAGUCUGGACUGUUUUUGCAAUUUCCGUGGCCAACAGGACUGUGAAUCUCACCGAAGGCUUCCCCUACAUCAGUGUCUGCGGAUCUUACCCCCCUCAGAGCUGCAUCUUCAGUCAGUUGCUCAAUGUGGGAGCUGCUAUGGCUGCCUGGAUCUGCAUUGUACGUUACCACCAGCUCCGGGACUGGGGGGUCGGAAAGUGGCCUAACCAGCUGAUCCUGUGGACGGGGCUCCUCUGUGCGCUGGGCACCUCCGUGGUAGGCAAUUUCCAGGAAACCAACCAGCAUCAUGUGCACCUAACAGGGUCCUUCCUCGCUUUCAUCAUGGGCAACGUCUACUUCUGGUUACAGCUCCUCCUCUUCUGGCGGAUGAAGAGCCUGCCCCAGCCUGGAGGCCCUUGGGUCUGGCCACUCCGCCUGGGCCUCUGCUGCCUCUGUACCAUCCUGAUUGUGGCCAUGAAUGUCCUCAACGUCCAGCAGCUGCGCUCUGCCUCUGCCCUCUGCGAGUGGGCUGUUGCCAUGCUGCUGUUCACGCUUUUCGGCCUCUUUGCCAUUGACUUCUCUGGCCUAGAUGGCUGCACCCUGUGUCUUCAGUCGAGGCCCAGCCGAGGCCCCCCACCAGGGCCCAGUCUCAGCCCCCAGCCAGCUUCCCCUGUCUCCCUGCAGGUCAGGCUGUAG